GACACUAUAAUAAUAAUAAUAAUAAUAAUACUAAAUGUGUGAGAUAUAAUCAUGGUAUAUUAGUAUGAGAGUCGUUUGCUCGUUUAUAGGAUCGUCGACGUCGGUUAUCACGGACGGAAGUCGUCGCGAAUAGAAAAAAAAAGUCGUAACGUUCCGCGAUUCUACAGUUGUCGUUGUCCAUCUGUCUCAGAGUUUCCGUAAUAGACUUCGUACCGUUGUUCGAUCUCGCCGCCAUCGCCGCCGUCUGACGGACACAUCAGUGUCUACCGCACGGGCGACCGAUUUGGAACGGACGACCGCGGCGUCGUCGGUGGGCGACGCGACAUCCGCUCCCGGAAGACAUUUUUAUUUCGAGUCUCCCGUUUCGCGUCGGACGGCCGCCGUUCGUUUCGUUUUUUUUUUCUCUGCAGGUCGAUCGAGCCGUUUCUAAUAAAUGACCUGUUCGGAUUGACGUAAAAAUGGGACAAAAAGUGAGCAGCCUUGGCGACGUGUUGUCUUGGAAGAAUGCCGAUUCGUCGAAAAACAACGAUGGGUCGACGGUGGUGACCAGAAACAGCAGGCGCUCGUCCGUCCCGGCCGCAGCCUCCGCUCCCGUUUGUGCGGUGCACGGCGUGCCAGUUACAGGAGAUCAGCAGCAUUCCGAGAACAUUUACGUUUCCAACAAUGACGCUCCGUCCUCAUCCGGCGGUGACCUAAACAUGAGCGGUUGCGAAGCGCCAGCAACGGCUUCUGAUGUAGAUGCGGUAACGUCCAAGAACAUGCAGCCGUCCACGUCGAAAACCUCAACUGGUUCUAAGAAGCUCAACCACUGGGUGUUGCGUUUCAACUGCUCUCGUCCAAAGUCAAAGAGUAAGUACUAUAAUCCAACUGAAUAUGUUCCCGAACCAAACGAAGACAUUAUCGAGACUCCCACGAAUACAGAUAGUAACCGCAUGGAAGAUAAUCAUCAUAUGGAUGCUGGUGAUGUGGUAGAGCCUCAGCUUGAGCCUCUGAUUGAACCCCGGAUUGAGUCGCGGAUUGAGCCUCGUAUCGAGCCGAGGAUUGAGCCUCGGAUGGACCCUCGGCAAUUAUUAGCUAGCAUUGAUCGCGAGGAAGCUUCAAUAUUCCAAGAUAUGCGAGACUUUGGAAAUACUUUUAAUGUUUAUAACUAUGAUGAAAGUCGCCACAGUGAAUUGGUGUUGCCUUCAUUCGAUGAAGAAUUUGUAGAUCUGGAAGGACUGUCUAGAGACACUUAUAUGAACGAAGAUCUUGAUGACAAAGCUUACAAAGAGCGAGCCAAAGAAAUCCAAGAGGGUAUUGAACCACCACCAGGAUUCAGGCCUGGGUUGCACAUACAAUUGGUAGAAUUUAGUUUGCCCAAAAUGACUAUAGACAAUUUAACCACAUUGUUCCAUAGAGCUGCAAUCACAGCUUUAACUGCACCACAUGAUAUGGAUGAUAGCCAACGAAUACAUACAUCCAUUGACUAUAUUCACUACUUAGUUCCUGAUCUGCUUCAAAUCACCAACUGCUCAUUUUAUUGGGGUAAAAUGGACAGAUAUGAGGCAGAAAAAUUACUUGAAAAUAAACCUGAAGGCACCUUUUUACUUAGAGAUUCGGCCCAAGAAGAAUAUUUGUUUUCUGUAAGUUUCAGGAAAUAUGGUCGAUCUUUACAUGCACGAAUUGAACAGUGGAAUCAUCACUUUAGUUUUGACUCAAGGGAUCCUGGUGUUUUUGCAUCAUCUACAGUUUGUGGACUAAUAGAACAUUAUAAAGAUCCUACUUGCUGUAUGUUUUUUGAACCAAUGCUGACUAUACCACUACAUCGAAAUUUUACAUUUUCUUUGCAACACACAUGCCGUGCAGCAAUUUGUAGUCAAAUUACAUAUGAUGAUGUCAAUCAGUUAAAACUUCCAAAAUUAUUAAAGUCGUACUUAAAAGAGUAUCAUUAUAAGCAGCGUGUAAGGGUACGCAUAUUUGAUUCAGAAAACUAAUUUCUUUUUUUUUUUUAAAACUCAUUUAGUUAUAAUUAUAUUUUAUUUCAAUAUCUCUAGUUAUAUGAAUAGUUCUAACAUUAUAAUUUUAAUGCUAGAUAAAAUGUUAAUUGUUUCUUGUUUAAAUAAACAAAAUUGGUACUAACAUAAA